CAGCGGUCGAAACGUCAAAUAUUGUCUGCGUUUUUGUUGUUAUUAGUAAAGUGCACAGUGUAAAACGUUCACGGAUCGUUAUUUACCGUAAGGCUCGUGUGACUGGUCCCUACCGACUCAACAAUCAAUUUUUGGCACCAAAUUGCUGGAGUUAUUUGUUAGCUGUGCUAUUGAUUUUCAAAGAUGAGAGCCGCACUUCUGUGGCUGCUCUGGGCGACGGUUUGCUGUUCCUCCUCUCUCUCAUCUCCUCCUCCUUCCUCCUCCUCCUCAUCCACCUCUUCUUCCUCCUCCUCCUCAAAACCACAAGUAACAAGAACAGCCCUACAUGUGGCCAGAAGUCUAGAUCCGGCAGCUAUGGAAACGCUAACAGUGAAAACGCGAACAGGAGACGUGGCAACACUGCUUGUCAAAAAGCGGGAAGGGAGACACGGCCAGCAAUCAGCUGAUUUGGGGCUGAAAUCAGCUGAUUCAGCUGGAGGCAGCAGGGAGAACACGGUGUAUGAGAAGAUCAGUGUAGGGGCUCCUUAUCAGGCAGAUUUGAAGAGCGGUGAAACAAGGUUGCAGAGUUCGUCUGAACAAAAGAACACCGAUCACAACUCCACCCGCUCCUCGAAAUCGUCACCGCUAGUCCCGGACCCGGUCUAUGUGAGGUCAACCCCGAUGCUAGUCAAGGGCAAAUCGCAGUACGGCCACCUGUUCUCGGCCAAGCGCGGACGCAGUCUGGUGAAGAUCGACGCAGACGGCAUUCCCGUCGUGACAGGCGUCCGUGUGCCGGACGACGAGUCGGACAAGCAAGUGUGGCGUAAUGCGCGUGUCAUCAACGGUGUGCUGAUGCCCUACGACAAGAACCAACCCAAGCACACUUUCAGUCUGCCAGCCACCACACCCUAUCCUGAGAAAAAGAAGGUUCACCCAGGUCAACAAUCGCAAGCAUCCUGGGUCAAAAUGGAACCCAUUACCAAACCUGCUCCCACCCUGCUCAAACCUAUCAUCAAGGAACCCCUACCUGCAGCCAUCAAAGUGCACCCAAGUGCAUCCAACAAAGUGCAUCCAGGUGCAACGAGUUGGCAGCAGAGUGCAUCGGAUUCACCAAGUGCAUCGAGUUGGCAGCAAAGUGCAUCAGAUUCUCCAAUGACGGUGGUGCAAGCUCCCAGUCAAGAGUGGCAGGCCAAUAAGUAUCCUCAAGAUGUGGUCAAGGUCAUUGACGACUCUCAGCCCAAUCUGCCUGAAGAAGACCAGUACCUCAGGGAUAGGAUACUCGACUACAUCAAGAGUGUUAACAAGCAGGAGGUGAAAAGAGUGCCAGUCCUGGCUCCCUUCAGGGACUCGAGAGGACUGACUCACAGUGACGUAACACAUUUUUCAACCAGUGACGUCAUCGUGCCACCUGUAGAAGGCGAGGCACGCAUGCUGCAUGCGUCAAGCGAUGCCUUACCACUUGAGGCAAGGAUGCUGCAUGCGUCACCAAGCGACGCUCUACCAAUGGAAGCUCGCAAUGCUGAGGCACUACCGAUGGAGGCACGAAUGCUGCAUGCGUCAAGUGAGGCACUGCCCAUGGAGGCAAGGAUGUUGCAAGUGCCUGGAGCCAGUGUGUACCCCACUUCCAUCAUGUACUCUCCGGCCUCCUCGUCUGUGAUUGGUCCGGAUGGAGCGACGCGUGUGACGUCAGUUGAGGAAGGUGUAAGGACGCCUGUGUUGCAGUAUGCUCAUCCGGAGUUGGGGGUUCAGCCUGCUGUUCCUGAGGCUGAGUCAAGGGUGCGAGUGGCAGUUGACGAGCAAUUCGACGACCACCCAGCAGGAGGCAGAGACCAGGCGUUGGCUUACUUUUCCCACGACAUCCACGCUGACCGAUCGCCCUUUGCCUUCGAACCCGGUCUGGAGGACGAGGCUAGGGUCCCCCCUGUAGCUCCCACCCCCCUCGUUGAACGCCAACACUCGCAAAGGUCUCACAGCCCUCCAGCCCCCCGGCCGAAGAAGAUCGACCCCCCUCACGCCCUCAUCAACAGUCACCAGUUCUACAUCACAGAGCGCCCCAGCGGCAACCUCAAGUACUACAGCAAAUACCCCGAGGCACUAGUGUACAGCGGCAGCGUCGUUGACAACCGAGACCGUCCCUUCUGGGAGAGGAUUGGCGACACCAUCAGAGAGCAUGUGCAGACUGGAGUUGACAAGAUGACCGAGAUGACCCGGCCUGUCAUGGAGCCCCUAGUUGAGGCUACACAGAAGAUCUCGCACAAUCUUGGAUUAGGUACAGAUCGCGAAAUGCACUCAUUCAAGGAUAAAUUGGGGGUUGUGGGAACACCAUCUGUCUUCCUGCCUGCUCUUGGAUUGGUGGCCGGGGGAGCUGCUCUAGGACUUGGCGCUGUUGCGGUUGGAAGGUAUUUAGAUGUGGACAUGUUGAAAAGGAGCGGAGCCGGGGACGCGGAGAUCGAACGACUCCAGCUGGAACACAAGAGGGCGCUGGAGGCGCUCGACAGAGGUCACACAGAUGUCAGCGGCCGAGGUCACGGUGACCUUGGACAGCUGACUCAUGCGCAGAAACCCACUAUGCUGUAUCCCUCCGCAUCACCUGCAACUCAGCCGUAUUCCUCCGCGUCACCUGCAACAAGUGACGCAGCAAAAACGUUGCAGCGCAGACGAAGGAGAGAUGUCCUGCAACAUGUUGACCAACAUGUGGAUGACACAGAAAGCAACCUGCUGAGGGCGGGUCUGGGAGACGCUAGUCUGUGGUCUGACACACCAUGUGCCAAGCGCACAUUCUGUCAGGUCAUGCUGUCACAGCCUGGUGAUGAUGUGUUCCUCAUGGAGAAGAAGAUGGGUGCUUUCCUGGCUAUGCUACCUCAAAGCUCACGAGGCGUGUUGGGAGUCCACCUCGAUGACGUCAUGAGUGCAGUGAGAAGCAGAGACUGUUCCGUGUUCCUUUGCAAUCAAUUCGAUGUGAAACACAUUCCGAUUCCGAGAUAAAACAGACAGUAAAAAUGAACUGAUAUUAAAUGAGAGUGAGAGAGAGAGCGAGCAGUGCUGCAGCUCGUAAGGUUUAAUAAAUUUGGGUUCAAAACAUCCAGGAAUCAAUGGAAAUCUGUAAACUUAGAUUUUCAAAAUAACUGUGUCCUUUAACUACGGUACUGCAUUAACCAGAGUUUUUCAAAUUGGGUGAAAUCCAAGCUUUGAUGUCUAAGUGUUUGAUUCAAAAAAUCUCGUAGUGUUUCUCUGGAAUUGCAGAAUAGUGAAGUGUAUAACAAUUAUUUCAACAUCGAACAAUUUCUGGAAAAAUAUAGUUCCAAGUAGAUUGAGAUCCACUACAAAAUAUCCUCUUAGAAUAUGAACAUUGAAUUUAAGUUUGUUUGUGAAAUGUAAGAAAACCUAAUAAUGAAAUGAAUUAAGUUUGUAGCGUGAAUGUUGAUGUUGAGGAACUUUUCCAUAAUUGAAUAGACUUAAAACGUUGUCAAAAAUCCUCUUUAAUUAAAUAAAAAUUUAUAUUUCACAGGAGUC